AUGUGCUCGAGAGCUGAAAUUGAGCUUUUGAAAAGAACAGCGAAUCUUUCUCCAACCCAAUUUAUGAAGAUGUUUGGAAUUAAGAAUUCCACCAACAAGAAGGAGGAUGUCUCUCCAGACGAAAAAUACAAGAUUGCACAAGUCGAGAAUCGUAAAGAGAAUCAGAAUGCCAUUCAGAAAGUUCAUCUAGAAUCGACAAAUUCUGAUAUCUCAUUCGAAAAAGUUCGGAACAAAAGUGGAUUGGGUUCGAAACCAUUGGCUCUUAAACACGCAAACUACAACUCCACUUCAAAAGUCACACAAAAGAGUCAGAUUAUCAUUCGUCGUUCAACUGUUUGCCAUUUCCGUCGCAAGCAGAAAUACCCAAAAAAGAUUGAUUUCGGAAAAUCAUCUUUCGAAGCUGAUGUUUCUUAUUACGAAAAACUCAUUGCGGCUGGCGCAUUGAAGUCGCUUUUUGAGCAUCCAAUCAAUUGGAUUGGAGGUGUUAUUACGUCACUUCAGAAGGAGUUGAAUCUGUCAAGAAAUGAGGUUCAUUUGCUCAGAACCAUGCGCAAGUCCGCUUACAACAAGUUUUACAAGAAUCUGAAGAAGCAGAACUCGAAAUGUAAGCAAUUUAUUUUUUAG